AUGAAGUAUUCGAUAUUAUUUUUAACGUUGGUCUGCUGUAUUUCUGGUAAUAAUGUACCGCAAUUACCAUCAUUCUUUAAAAUAUGUCACCGAAAAGAUCCAUAUUUGAAUAAAUGUAUGAAAGAAAGCAUGAAACAAUUGAAACCAUAUUUAAAUAAAGGAAUUUCAGAAUUAAAUAUUCCACCUUGCGAACCAUUUUAUAUCGAUCGAGCAGAUUUUAAUCAGACAAGUGGUUCUAUUUCUAUAAACUCCUCUUUCACGGACAUUAAAAUUUUCAAUGCAUUUAAUAGCGAUGUAAAACAAUUUAAGUACGAGAUGGAGACAAAUGAAUUGAAAAUAAAACAAUAUAUUCCACAUUUCGAAAUAUAUUCGAAAUAUUAUUUGGACGGUAAAAUUAUGAUGUUACCACUAUCAGGGAUUGGAACAGCUUCUUUUAAUUUAACCGACGUUGACUAUACUUUAAAUAUUAAAUUCGAACCUUACCAUGAACCUAAAACGAAUCAAGAACACUUUCGUGUUAAUUAUUUGAACAUCGAUUAUAACAUACGUAACAUACAUGUACACUUAGAUAAUUUGUUUAACGGUGACAAAAUACUCCAGGAAGUAAUGAACGUAUUUUUAAAUAAUAAUUGGAGAUUAAUUAUCAAUGAGAUCAAACCUGCUUUAGAAGAAAAUGUUUCUAAUAUAUUUAAAAAUAUAAUAGAUAAGAUCUUUACGAUUUAUCCGAUCGACACAUUGCUACCACCAUAA